AUGGCGCUGUUUUCAGCAGCAGCAAUAGGAGACGUCCAGAAGAUACAAUCAUUAAUCGUCUCAGAAGACAAGUCAGAGGAUUCGGGAGGAGUCGAUGUAAACUGCUCGGAUGCGUCUGGCAAGACGGCCCUCCACAUUGCUUCGGAAAACGGACAUUUGCAAACGGUUAAAUGCCUAACCAAUCUUGGAGCAAAAUUGAAUGUGGUCGAUGCUAACCUACAGACAUCGGUUCACUUAUGCUCACAGAACGGCCAUCUUCAUGUGGUAGAGCUGUUAGUAAACGAAGGAGCAGAUAUUGAUGUUGGUGAAAAAGAUGGGUUUACAGCUCUGCACAUAGCAUCAUUUAAUGGUCAUGUUGAUAUUGUCAAAUAUCUCGUCAGUAAAGGGGCAGACCUGGGGAGACUAGCUAAUGAUUACUGGACACCUCUACACCUUGCAUUAGACGGUGGUCAUCUUGACAUUGCAGAGUACCUUUUGACAGAAGGAGCCAACAUUAACACUUCUGGUAAAGGCCAUCUUGAAGUCGUCGAGUAUAUCGUGAACAAAGGAGCAGGCACUGAAGCUGGUGAUAAAGAUGGGGUUACAGCUCUUCACAUAGCAUUACUUAAGGGUCAUGUUGAUAUUGAUACCAUUAUUCAAGAGUACAGGGUAGCCUUUCCUGGUGAGCAAUACUGUGUAUAUUGGGGACAAGGACCCCUACUUGUCAGACAUCUGGAAAAUGGAGACGAAGUGUCAACACAGGAACUUAAAGAGUGUGCUUUGUUUGACAUGAGGACCCAUCGGAUGUCGUUCAAUCUUCAACCACGUGAACAAAUAGUAUCCAGAGUUCGCGUCACUCUUAUCUUGAAGCAAAAACUCACGAAGCGUAUCGUCUUUCCAGUAAUAUACAACGAUGUGUCGGAUGCCAAUCCAAUUGCCCGAUCAACUCUGACAGGAUCUGCAUCGUCCAAAGGCAAAGCUGAACCAACUGAUGUUGGACGGGGAACAUCCAAAUCAUCUCACCUCUCUGAAGAGCUGACGAGAAGCGAGCACCAUCUUGAAACGAUAGGUUCAACAUCACCUGAGCCUGCAGACACAGAGGACGGAAGUAGUCAUACUGAUGUCUUUACAUGUCCUAGGCCGUUGACUUCGCCAUCGAUAGAGUCACCGUCCAGUGAACAUGCCUACCAGGUCACACAUGAUUUGGUAACAGAAACAGGAGCAAUUGGUAAGGAAUUGAAAGACAAAGUCGUGUUCUGGGCUCUGUAA